AUGGAGUUGUUCCAGAGGUCAAAGACUCAGGACCUCAACUCUUUCCUGGGCACACUUACCAGGAACCAGAGAGAAGCGCUCUGGAAGAAAUUUGAAAGGGCCAGGGGCUCCACCAAGGACCCCAAAGUGGAGGAAGUUUGGAAUACUGUCUGCAAAGGCAAAAACAGUGACCAACACAAGAAGCAGCUUUUGAAGGUGUUCCUUCAAACCAAAGGGGAGCUUAAGAAUUCUCAAGCCUGGCAGAAGGAGGUCCUCUCCUUGCAGCAGACCUCAGGCCACAGGUCAUCCUUGGAAUGGGCGCCCUUUGCCACCAUAUUGCACAGAUAUGGCUUGCAAGAGACACUUCGCAGAGUCAAGAAGGGCACCAUUCUUGUCCAAAAAGAUCCUCUGGAUGAUGAUGAAUGGCAAUUUGCCCUGGCCAAGAAUGUGGACUACAGUGCUACAGAGCAGAGGCGUGAGGUGGCUGCAGAGCAGGUGGGCAAGAUGGAGGUGUGCAAUUGGGUGAAAGUCAAGGCCAAAGGCUUUCUUGGCAAUGAGGAAGGGUCAGCUGACCAGGCCUUGAGAGAUGUCAUGCCCCAGAAGGCCAGCAAGCACAUGAAAGCAUUGCUGCCACCUCCACCAUCUGACUCUGAGAGCUCAGAGCAUGCAGCAUCCUCUAGCAAGCGGCAGAAGAAAGAUGCUGAAGCAUCCAAAGGGAAAGACAAGCAAGUGAUUGAGGCUGAGGUUUUGAGUGAUAUGGGCAGCAGUGCUGUGGCAGGUGAGCUCAAGAAAAGGGUGGAGAAGAUGCUGAAGCUGCUUCAAGCAGUGAAGAAGGAGGUGGGCACAAGCAAAGUGAAGGAUCACUUGCAUGGCCCUGAGACUGACCUCAAGAAGCUCCUGAAGACAAAGAUGAACGCAGAAUCUGCCAAGGGCAAGCUGUUUGAUGAGGGCUUGACUGACAGGCUUGAUGGCUACAUCAGAAGGAUUGGGAUGAAGCAGUCCUUUGAUUUGAAGCAGUACAGGCAUUUACAAGCAAGGCAAUCUGAGUGCCCUUCUGCCCUCUUCAAGCUGAACUUGUUGCUGGAGGCCUUGCUUGAUGUUUCCCCCACUGCAGAGGUCAAGUACAAGUACUUGAAGAAGAGCAUGGAGGACCUUUGUUCCACCUGGGGGGUAGAGCUUCUGGCUGCCCACUUUGAUGGGCCCAGAGAUGUGGUGGCAGGGGCAGUGUCAGAUUGCUUAACAGUUCUGAUGAACCAUUGGAGGAGGGCUACAUCAAGUGAAGCUGCCUGGCAGAGAUUUUGCAAUAAACUAGACAAUGCACAAGCAGCUACAAUGACAAGGCUGUACAAGAAGACUGAGCAAAAGCAGCCCACCAAGCCCACCAAAACCUUGAGACCUCAUCUCUCUGAAGUCACCCUGGACUCUGAGGGGUUUCCUGCAAUGUUGGCUCACAGCUUGCCAUCUUCAGGGUCUUCAGGUGAAGAAGGUGAUGUGGAAUCAGAAAUGGACAGCUGUGAAGCAGCAGUCCAGAAAGAAGACCCACCUCCAGUCUUGAAGUGUGACUGGAAGGUGGCUGCAGGCAAGCCACCCACCAAGAGGCCUGCAACCAGCAAGCUUUUCAAGAAGCCCAGCUCUUGCAAGGCAAUGGGCCCUGGUGAUGCUGGCAUGCCUAUCCACACAUCAUCAGUCACCAUAGGGGGUGGCAAGCAGCAGAGUUACAUCCAGCAU